AUGGCGACUGGGGCUGUGUAUCGAAAUCAAGAGCAGUUUGUUCGUGCAGCGACAGAAGACAUCUACAACAUGGUCAGCCCUGUGGAUUUAUUCUCUGUCGCCAUGCGCAGCGCCAGACAGGUCAACUUGCUGUACGGCAUUCAAGGGGUCCAGAAUCUUCUCCUCGUCGCCCGCUUCUGCUUCUUCCAAGACGUGGGGAUGAGCCUAUGGGAUCUUGCUUCGCUCAAUAUGCGCACGUGUAUAGAGUGUGGCUUUCAUCGUCAACCAACUGCCCCUCUUCCCGCUAUCGAGGAACAGAUGCGCCGACGCGUCUUCUGGCAAUGCUAUGGGCUUGAGCGAUAUGCCAGCACAACCCUUGGCCGGCCAUUCACUAUUCCAGAUGAGGCCAUCACUGUCAAGCUUCCUGCCAAUGUAGAUGAUAGCGUGUUACAGGAAGCGGCCAGUCUGCUUCCAAACACAUCCCUAGACGAACUAACCGAGGCACAAGCACCUCCCAAAGGCCUGACUGACACAUCAGUGGCCAUCUCUCAUAUACAGCUGCGCCAGAUAACAUCUCGCAUGUCCCGAGAUUAUAGAAUUUUGAGAAAUCAAUUGCUCACCUCACAAGACUUGCCGGGAUCGUCACGAUACUCGGCUGACGAUCUGGACCUGUUCACUUUGAACGGCAAGGUUUGGAACAUUUACUACCAAUACUCACAAGAGUUACACAAUUGGAGAUUAUACAGUGGAAUGCAUACACACAAGGAUGUUGCGCCUGAUUCAAAUGGGCAGCUUUUUCUGCAUGAUAGCAGAUGGAUCGAUCUUCACUUUCACCAGGAAAAGCUUUUCCUAAUCCGCCUUUCCAUUGAGCCCAGCUCCGCGACCGAUUCCCACUUCAUCAAUCCUGGAGAUUUACUUGAAGAACUAUAUGACGCUGCAAGUAAUGUGAUUAUACUAUACGCAGAUAUUGCGGACGAUGCAAAAAUUGAGCCCACGGCUGGGAGGCUCUAUCGAGUUCUGACGGCCGGCCUCUCGAUAUUGUAUACGAUCGUGAUCGAGUCUCAGGUGGGACAGGCCAAGGACAAGCAACACAAUGGCCCUUCCAGACCACCCUCGUCACGGCAGAGCAUAUCAGGGAAAAAGUCACUACUGAGGAAAUGCACAGAUACACUUGAUCGCAUGGCCAAACAAAUGACGAAUCAACAUCUCACGCCUAGAUAUGUGGGCUACUUUGAGCUUCUUUGCAGGGAAACCUUACGGAUACUUCCAAAGUCGACGGCAAAAGAGUCCACAAGUUCAGAUUCUUCCGGCCAACAGGCUAUGCAACAUAGUGUUCCUCAAACGCAUGCCAGUGCUGCGUCUGCUUCAGCUAUAUCAACCGCUUUCGCUCCACUGCAAGAUGUAUCUCCAGACUACUUUGGCUCCAGCUUGAUCACGGCACCACUCACAUGCCAGUUGCCUGUAGAGCAUACCCAACCUUGUUACUGUGCUGUUAUUGGGAACCAUCUGGACAGCAUUCCGGGGGUCACGUCGUGGCCGGAUUUCCCAACCUCAUGCGAAGGGGUGGAUGGAGUCUCAGAGACGUACGAUCCUGCUGCAAUGUUUGGUUCUGAAUGGGGUGAAGCCACAGAAAUUUGGGAAGCAUUAUUUGGUAAUGGACAGUUAUGGGCCACGGAAAGCUCCUCCUUUUAUUAA